CGGGACCGAGCGAGAGACGCAGACGGAGCCGCCGAGCAGCACAGCAGAGCCUAAACAUGACGACCAACAUCCGAUACAAGAGCAGGUCGAUGAAAUCCGAGGACAGUGAGGACAAGCAGUAUGUCGGCUUUGCCACGCUUCCUAACCAGGUCCACAGAAAGUCAGUGAAGAAGGGCUUUGACUUCACUCUGAUGGUGGCAGGGGAAUCUGGACUGGGCAAGUCUACACUAGUCAACAGUCUGUUUCUCACAGACCUCUAUAAAGACAGAAAACUGCUCAAUGCAGAAGAGCGCAUUAAUCAGACGGUUGAGAUCACCAAACACACAGUGGACAUCGAGGAGAAAGGAGUGAAGCUCAAACUCACUAUUGUGGACACGCCGGGGUUUGGAGACGCUGUCAAUAAUAAUGAAUGUUGGAGGCCCAUCACAGACUACAUUGACCAGCAGUUUGAGCAGUACUUCAGAGAUGAGAGCGGACUGAACAGAAAGAACAUUUUGGACAACAGAGUUCACUGCUGUUUGUACUUCAUCCCACCAUUUGGACACGGUUUGCGGCCGGUGGAUGUGGAGUUCAUGAAGGCUUUACAUGAGAAAGUCAACAUCAUUCCUCUGAUCUCCAAAGCAGACUGUCUGACCCCCACUGAGGUCAAAAAGCUCAAGGACAGGGUACGAGACGAGAUUGAGCGUUUCGGGAUUAAAGUCUAUCAGUUUCCUGAGUGUGACUCUGAUGAAGAAGAGGAGUUCAAACAGAUGGACAAAGAGCUGAAGGAGUGUACUCCGUUUGCUGUCAUUGGCAGUAAUACAGUGGUGGAGGCCAGAGGUCAAAGGGUUAGAGGUCGUCUUUACCCCUGGGGUAUUGUGGAAGUGGAGAAUCAGUCACACUGUGACUUUGUGAAGCUGAGGAACAUGUUGAUUCGCUCUCAUAUGCACGACCUGAAAGAUGUGACAUGUGACGUACAUUAUGAAAACUACAGAGCUCACUGCAUCCAGGAGAUGACCAGUAAACUUGCACAGGAUAACCGCACAGACAGUCCAUUACCCAUCCUGCCUCUGCCAACACCAGAUGUAGAGACAGAGAAACUCAUCAAGAUGAAGGAUGAAGAGCUGAAGAGAAUGCAGGAGAUGCUGGAAAAGAUGCAACAACAGAUGCACGAGAAAGACCAGUGAUACACACACUACAGCCUCACAGCACCCUUCAGAUGUGAAUGCAUUUAAAUGAUACUGUACAACUGUCAUAUCUACAGCUCUGCUCAUCAGCUCGGUGCUUCUGUCUGCUGGAUCAAAUAUGGCGUCAUGUGAUUCAUCAUGUGGUAAAUACUGAGGAACGUACAUAAACCAGUGUAACUUAAGUUAACUUCUAAAGGGAUCUAAUUUAUAAUUAUGUUUUUUUAUUUUUAUUUGCUUAGCCAGAUGAAUGUGUGUGAGAGUGUUUUCUGAAGCAGUGCAGAGUUUAUUCAUGUGUGUUUGAGAGAGACUGAUGCCUUUUGCUAUGAAUUUGUUGGCGUUUUAUUUUCUGCAGUGAAUGUGAGAAUACAGUUAUGUUUUCAAUAAACAUACUCGGUCCUGACGGAUGGUUUUUGCUUGUUUUAUAAGAGUAAUCAUCAGAAUAAGAUAUAUUAUUAUUAUCAGUGUUAAUGGCCUUUAAUAAUUUAAUAAUUUAUAUUAUUAUGUCAGUUGUUCUGUAAAUCUUGAAGUUAAGCUUGCUAAUAAAUGUGAAUAAUGUA